AAAGUGUGAAUCCAAUCGGAGACGCAGUGACAGCGCUACCACAGUGCAAGAUGACGGCGCCCAACGCUUUCAUCAAGUGUGUUGUGGUCGGCGACGGAGCUGUUGGGAAGACCUGCAUGCUUAUGAGUUAUGCUACAAACAAGUUUCCAACGGAAUAUGUGCCUACAGUUUUUGAUAAUUAUGCAGUUACAGUUACGAUACGAGAAACACCCUAUCAGCUGGGACUCUUCGAUACUGCUGGACAGGAGGAGUACACAAGCUUAAGGAUGCUGUCCUACCCGGAAACCAGCGUGUUCCUGAUGUGCUUCUCAGUGGUGAUGCCGGAAUCCAUGAAGAACCUGGAGCACAAGUGGGUGCCGGAAGUGCAUCAUAGCGUGCCCAAGGCGCCUAUUAUUGUUGUGGGCACGCAGGUGGACCUGCGCGAGGACGAGGGCACGCGCAUCAAACUCGCCAAGCGGCGGCAGAAGCCCGUGCUGGUGGAGGAGGGCGACCGCCUGGCCAAGAAGUUGGGCGCCUACGCUUACGUGGAGUGCAGCGCCCUCACCAAGCAAGGUCUCAAGGACGUUUUUGACGAGGCCAUCUUGGCCGUUUUGGACCCGCAUGAUGUCAAACCGGAGAAGAAGCGGCGGCGCUGUGUUAUUCUCUGAGAACGGGCCCCAUGUCACUUCAAGGGGAGAAGUGUAUUUCCGUGUGUCUGUGUGAAAAAAUGCACUUUCUUGCGUGCGUGUGGUUGAAAGUUGACUAGUUGACUGAACUAUGGCUGGCGUUAGCUCUUCUAUUGACAAUUUUUCCACACGUCACUUCUCACUUUUUCUUGUAUUUGUACAAAAGUUUACAGUUUGAUAACACGAGGGUUUUUUUUAAUACCACCUUCUUGGAUCUUUCUGGAAAAACGUCGAUUUCAGCACGUGGCUUGAAACAGUAUUUCGACCCUGCACCAGCUUACAGACUUCCUGUUCUCGGUCAGACCAGCAGGCCACGUCUUCAUGUGAGAGUGUUUCGAUGGAUUGUGUUUGUGGAUGUGAUUUUAUUCCAGAGGAUAGGGCGUGGCCAGCUUUUGUGACAGUGUAGUUAGCUACAGGAACGUUCACCCGUGGCAGCUUUCUCAGGCGGCAGUUCAUCAGCGUUUUUCUUUUCUUCUGUUGCGUGCUUGGCCAUCUGCAGCACGGACAUCUUCAUCAGUCAGAACUUGGAUAUACAUGUGUCGAUGUUUGUUCUAUGAGAAGGUGUCCAUCGGCAGAGCAUGCAGACUGUGGCAGUGCGAAAUCUUGUUUUAUUAUUUUUUUAACUGCACGCUGAUGCUUUUUUUUCUUUUUUGGUGCUCAUUGGAUUUUGAAGUGCGUGCACACUUGUGCACACACACACACACACAGAUUGAUUGAUUGAUUCUUUAUUGCUUCAAGAGCAUAGCUCCAGCAAGGGUGUGAGGAUCUAUCAAACUACACAACAGUUUAAAAAUGCUAUAAAAGAGAGAGUGUAUUGUGGAUUCGUAAAAGAAUUUUACCCUACAAAGAGAAAGUAAUUGAAAUCAAUUCACUGUUUAGAGACUGAAUCAUGCUAUUUCCGCGGUUGGCGAACACAAAAAAAUUGCCUGGGCACAUUGCUAACUGGCCACAGCUUGCCGGAAGUUUUGCUGCACAGGUGUCCUUCACCAUGCCUUUACCAGUAUUUGCACAACGAGACAUUGGGUAAGCUGUGCGUGAUUCAACUCAGAACCGUUCGGACCCUACAUUCCAGGUGUACGCCGUUUGGCCCGCGUGAGAUCUCACAGCGACCCUGGCGACUGCCCUGUGGCGUGUCGGCGUGAAGGGCAGCGAACUUAACCUGUGAGGUGUAAUACGUACCCAAGCGUACACACUGACAAAGAAGGAGGGAGAAACUAAAGGGCAUUUUCAUUUGGUCCUGCAAAGCUACAAUAUAAUUUACUUAUAUUAUAAACAGUAUUUUUUUCUGGCUGGAUGUCGCGUAUCACGCAAACUAUGUCACACGGGCUGCAUCAGGCACGCUUGGGCUAGGAGUAUCACGCUGGCUACACCAAGUACUAUAAUAUCACUCUGGCAGCUGUCCCGAGUUCACUAUCUUUGGUUGUCUGGGUUUCAACGAGUUCUAAUGAUUUCUGGCAUCAUUUUUUUUUUUCGUCAUUGUUAUGUCGAAUGAAGUAGACAAGGCUGUGAUUGCACGAUUACGAUUACUUAAUCAAGAUUAUCUUCUUUUUCUUAUCAGAAGUAACGUGAUGCGUUUUGGUAGUGACAGAUUGAUGCGAGAGAAAAGUUGCAUUUUAUUGCGGCGAUUUUGAAGAAAAACGUUGGAUCAUAUUUAUCAGCCCUUCUCAUAAAUCGAGUCAGCAUAUUUCUCAGAAUGUUAUUUCGUUACCUUGAUGAUACUUGAUGAUACGGCGCUGCUACUGUUUUGCAGUUCGCGUACAACAGUUGAGUCUGCAGUUGGUGCAAGAUAGGGAUGCGGAAUUAAGGUGUGUCAUUCUCUUUUGGGACUAACCUUUGUGGAGCUGAUAUAAAAGUGUAGCGGGGACUGCAUAUCCAGGGUGGCUCACUCAUGAUCGCUGCACCCCAGGUAAGAAUUUGGAUGUUUGUGCAGACGUAGUAGAACUGUCGCCUAAUGUCCAGCGCUAGUGACAGACUAGGACACAAAGCGGAAAUGACCUUAUAGAACAACAUUAACCAUUUCCUUAUCUCAGCGAGCAGACAAGCACAUAGUCAAACUAGUCGAUACGUGCGAUUAUCUACAGGUAUAUUUGCGGGUGAUAGUCUGUCUCCUCCCAUAACAAUACGACCACGAUCACACGGGUUGUUAUUUGUUGUCUACAUGUUUCUGGAAAUCGAGAGGUUUGUCUGGUGUUGUUUCAUGGACACACGCUGGCAAUCGCAGAGACCCCUGUCGGCGGCGGUGGUAAUGUCGGAAGUUGCCCUUUAGCAAUUCACUGCCUUUACACAUUCGGGUGGUCAGGUUGCGCAAUAGUUAGCGCCUGUCAUCAAUACAGUGAGGGUUGGCUGUCCUGGGUUCAGCUCUCGUCUCGGGCACGCUCUUCUUUAUCUGCAUGUGGCAUCUGUUUACAGGGCUGGCUGCCUUGCCAUGAUAUAGCCUUAGUUGCUGACUCGGCGUUCAACACCAGUUCCACCCUUCCGCCUUUGCACAUCCCUGACUCUCAGGGUGUUUAUGUUUCAGGGUGCCGGUGGUAACUGUAGCUUUACUCCACCCAGUGUACGGCUGUUGCCGCAAGUGAAGUGGUUAAUAAGGGUUUGGCCGCUUUGACCUUCAUUGCUGGGCCUGGAUCAGGAAGACACGCAUGUUGGAUUAACGUGAACAUGUAUCCAAGUGUACUCUUUCCCCCAUGCAAAUCCUUGUCUCCCUCAUUAAUCUAAGAGGUUGUUAUGGUAAGUAGAUGGCUUGACUACCAUGUAUCCUUUAUCUGGUUCCUUUAUCUAAUGUGUACAAAUAGCAGUCCAAAUUGGAAUAACAACAAAAACCAGAAGAUGUUUCUUUCUCAGCCUCACAUCCUUCGCACGUCUCCCUCUCUAGGAGCGGUACUGACACUAAGGAAUGGCGGCCAUAUUAUCUCUGUAGCAAAAUACAUAACUGAAGCAAGUAAAAUGCUUAUAUGCCUGCAUUUAUGAGACGUGGUAUAAAUGUAUGAUGAUAAUACAUUUUUGUGACAGGUGGUCACGCAUGGAUUCCUGGAUUUGAAUGGAACGAAAAUUCUGAUUGGUUUUAAUAUAUUACUUGAAUUUUGUUAAUAUUAUGAUUGGCUCUUGUCUCAUAUCAUAAUGAGGAAGUCAGUGACAAUGUCGUCUCUCUCAUGCCGGGCCUCCUACCAGUAAGCAUCGAUCGUUUCUCGUUGAGCCAGCCGAGGGGGCUUCUGGCUCCCAGGAGAACUUUUCCGAAGAUGUUUCACGUAUCAGCAGAUACAGCGUUCGCUGUUAGGGGGGAGAUAAAGCAGGUGGUCAGCCUGGCGGCUUCAUUCGAUCGGUCCUUCCCCUCUUCACUUUGUUAGGACAAGGCAGCUGCCACUCUUCUCAGCGAGAAUGCCCGAUUCAUCUUAUCGCAGCCAAUUUUAGUGUCAGCCGCACUGACACGAUGUCACAGAUUUUCCCGCGACUAAUAGUUCUACGCUGUUGGGGUGCCGAUUCUAUUAGUCACCACCACGUUAAAAAAAAAAAAGCAGGGGUGGGUAUUCCUGUACUAAUGUGCCCCAAGAGCGGGGGUUCUGGUGGGUUUCUGCAAAAUUGCAGCUACAAUUCUUUAAUCUUUCAGUCGGCUUGGUACCCGCCGACCUCCAAACCGCUGCGACGCCCAGCUCAAUGGAGGGUGUGUAAAGGCAGUGAGACACGUACUACGUUGCGGACAUACUGGCUGUGGCAGGCACGUAGCGGUCAACUUAGAUGCUUCCUUGACAAGUACAGUCGAUUGUGUGUUGUUUAUAUGCACUGACAGUUACUUGGAAAAAUUUGUAAUUCCCAUACACCUGCCGCAAGUAUCAGCUCCGGUUGUGUGAUGCGAACCUAUACACCAUCAGUUAUCGUAGAAUGAGGCUAUUUCAUCAGUUACGUAGCACAUGUACAGUCCACACUCGUCGUUAACCACUCAAUUGCCUUUAUCGAGACAUGCAAACGUAUAGAGAUGGGUGGAAAAAAAAUGACUGUUGUGUUAUAAAGGUAAAUGUAAAAAGGCAGUAGAAAAAUGUCAUGUAAGUACAUAAAAUAUAAUGUGCAACAGCAAAGAAAUGUCAGCCAAUUAGACUUAUUGUUGUGCAUUUUAAUUCAUGCGUAAGAUGCUGCACGGAUGUGUACACAUAGGUGGAUUGCUGUCUGUCUGCCGAGACCAACGCUUAGCCUCUUGCGAAGUUCUUCGCUGUUAGUCUCGGUGAGUCUGAACAAUGAAUGUGACUAAACCGGAAGCUUUGUAUACAUUAGCCUCGUUUUAGUAAAGCUGAAACGUGGCUAAACCGAAGGCUUUAUAUACACCAAUCUCGUUUUAGUAAGAAAACUGCUAAAUGCUGAUGGGAUGUCUCCACAACACACCGAUCUAAACAAAAGACCUUCAUUAUCCUCCCCAGCAUCGCGUUUGUCAUCCUUCUCGAUGAGGACGAAAUGAUCACGAGCCAAAUUUGGUUUUUAUAUAUAUAUUAGCAAACCUCUCGGAUUUUUUUAAAUUUAGAAGCCACCUGGAUAUUAAAUAUAUUAUUUGUAAAUUUAUAUAUACUAACAAAUUUUGUUGCCGUCUCCUGUUGAGCUUUUUGCUCUUUACCCAUUCAUUCGUUCAUGAGGAUUGCAUUAAUACAGAAAACUACAUUACGGAAGUUUACAAAUGGCAACAUUAUCAUUUGUGUGGAAAUUCUCAAACCUUUUUGAUAGCUGUGAGUGACGCAGGGUGCAGGCGACUUUAUCAGUUAUGUUUCUGUUGACAUAAUCGGACGUAACUUGUACUUCCGGCAGCAGGGCAGAUGCUGCUGUGUCAGUGGCAGUUCUUUCAAUUGUAUUUGUGAAAGUCCAUCUCCAUCUUGUACAGCCGGGUCAGGUGGUCACAUGUUUAACCGAGAGCAAGAUCCGUUAUAACUAAAAGCACCGGAUAUUACUGAAAAAAUGGAUUUUUUUUUAAUAUCAUAACAGGGUUAUGGCUGAAAUUCGUCUAAUAGAUAUGUAUAGUGGUCCAAGUCACAACAAAAGCAGCAGUUGCUUCGUCCCAUAGUGACUUCUAGACGCCUUUGGGAGAACUUUUGUGAACACUGCAGAGCUUUUCCUCACACAUCACGGUCUUCUUUGGUACAGAGUAGACAUCAACGAAAUAGCUGGGGUGAGACAAUAGUGAGAUGUAUGUAUUCAUCACUAAUUUCAGAGGCACCUGUGCACACGCACACACAUUACAUCCCAGACUGUUUUUAUUACAAUCUUUACUGGAGGUCAAAGGCUUAGAAUCACUGUUGUCAUUAUUAUAACUACAACCACCACGUUCGUCCGCUGUAUUUUCGCGUGUCGUGUUUAUUAACACAUAAACCUCACACAAGCCAAGCUGAGACAUAGCAAUGCUUGUUCUUAACCUGACAAAUAUGGACGAAGGUUUGAGCAAGUCUGGCCGUCUUUAUGCAAGCCUCGUGCAGUCUUUGCCAAACUUUCUAAAAUGUUCGUCCAUAUUUGUUAGGUUAAAAGGGGCCUUGAGCGAGGCAAUGGGUGGACUGUCACGUAUUAUGUGGUGGAUAUUUCACACAAUAAACAACAUAAUACUGUAGAGAACGCAUUUGUACUCGUACCCUAGAAUCCUCGGAAAAUAUCUUGUUUGAAGCCGAUGGACGUUUAUUUACUAAUUUAUUGACUUUACUACACUUUUAGACCAACCUCAGAUUAAAAGCAUUCCAGUAAUUUUCUUUUUCUGAACGUAUAUUACCGAACAGUUUGCUCAGUACUUAUGUCCUCGUUAAGAUGACUAAAAUGCAACAGAGAAGAUCAACAUUUAAGACUUUGCCCGCCGCCCUCCUGCUAUUUAAAAUGGUUGGUUAAUAUUAGCGGCCUUCAGCUGACAUCUGAAGCGAGAAUUACAUAGUAUAAGAUGAUGCGAAGAUGGGGUGAACUGACUGUGUGAACUGAAAAUUCGUUCAUUGCUUUCAAUUGUUAUCUUUUGUGUACAGGAAGAAAGACAAACAUUUACGUGGUGUUUUCCCUUUAUAUACGCAUCGAGUUGAUUAGCAGUAUACUUGCUGCUUCGGAAGUUUUGGUCGUUGAGAGAGAGAGAGACUAAAUGCACUCAGCGCAAAGUAUUGUCUUUUUUCAUCAAUUAUGUGAAAGUUGUUUGGUAUGUCAGUGUGUGUGUGUGCGUGCGUGUAGGCGCUUUGUACACUGUGAUUUUUUUCAAAAAUGAACUUCAAAAUACAUGUUCUAAGAUGUUUUGAUUUUUGCCUGUGAUCAGCAUAAACUUUGGCCGUGAUAUACACAUUGUAGACAUUAUCAAAUUCCUUCAUCGUUUAUUUGCAGUCAGUUGCUCCUCUCAUAGGAUUGUAUCGAGAGCUUGCGGGCAAAUUUUCCAUUAUUAAUAUUUGUUCACUUUCCAGACUUUGUAAUAGUAUUGAUGUAGUUUUGUACAUGAUAUUGAACAUAUUAGAUCAGAUGCGAGACUGUGUAAUACUUUUACAACCAUAAUAUUGUACAGGAGAGAUGCAAUAGCUCAAGGGAGCGAAUGUUUUAUUUACGCGUUUUGUUAUUGUCGUGAGCUUUAGACAGAAUGUUUUGUUUAGUCAUUCGUCUUUCACAGGUUUGCGUGUGUGUAAGAAAUAUUUGUACAUAUUUAGCAUUAUAAACAGCAAAGAAAAAGAAACUUGUUCCUUAAACUAUUUGAUCGUUUUUGUUCAUUCCUGCUUGUCAGUCACAAGACGGUUUGUGUGAAUUUAUAAACAUACGCCCAGUAAUAAUUAUUGUUUUCACUUCUAUUAGUUCAAAGCAAUGCCCACCAACACUGUGUGAAAUCGAUUGCAGAUUCAACUUGUUUUAAAAGGACUACAUCUGUGAUUAACGGGGGCAAAGCAAAUUGCUCUUACUUAAUUAAAUUUUUGCCCAGCCUAAUAGUGUGACAGUUGCUCCCGCCUCGGUCGUGAAAAAAAAAAAAACCGCGGUCGACUUUCGUUUAGUCAGAUUGUGCUCGGUAAGCAGGUUUGCCAAUUAAGAGCUCUACGCAAGCCCCCCACUUAUUUUUAUUAAUAUUAAUUAGAUUGGUAUACUAUAAACAACUUAACAAACGUGUGGUAACAGCAUGGCCUGGCGGAAAGUCCCGUUAGCUCUUGUUCUCACUAUAACAGUUUACGGGUUUGUACCGUGCAACUGUCCCGUUGGCUCUACAAACCUGUCAUACGUCAGUCGUUAAUCAGUCACACUGACGGCGAUAAACCAUUCUCCACAUCUCGUCUGUUACUCCACUACGCCUGCGUCAGUCGGCGCCAUGGAGUUAGUGAUCCUGGGAACGGGAGAGUCACGUUGCACUGGUUGUAAAGUGUUGUCGAUACACAUUUAUUCUAACUUAAAAACACGCGUAAAACUUGUAUCUAAUCUGAUGCAUAUGGGACUCGUUUUUUUAAACUCAGAAACGUUUUUCAGGCACAUGCACUGUUUUCAAACUAUGCGGCUUAAUCCCAAAUUAACUCAAGACUAUGAUUGCAACGUUAAGUCAGCACGACACUUCAAAGGCCACUAGCUUCAAAAUGUCAGCAAAUUAGGAAUUUAAUGGAGAAAUAUAACUGGUACCGUUCUUAAAUGACAGAACAAAAACUGUCCUCUCCUCUUAUUAUUGAAAAUGAGCAAUGUUUUGCUCACCAGUUUUUGUGGAUGGAGGAAUGGAUCCUUACUUUCAGUUUGAAAUAUUAGACUACUGAGAAUAUACCAAGAUUUAAAGUUUUAAAAAACCUUUUAUGCAGGCAUAAUUAUAUAUUAAUAUGACCAUCUGAACACUUGAAAAUGAAAACCUGAAGACUUUUCACAAUUUUUUUUUAGUGAAAAAAUUUUUUUAUUAACAAAACAUAUGGGUAGUUAAAGGCACACUAAUGUGCACAAUUAUUUUUCAGUGACUUGGUUUGGUUAAUUACCUAUUUCCCCAAAUCUCACAGAUUACCUCUAUCCUCUUUAAGAGAUAAAAAUGUUUGAACACUGCAAAUCUUGCCUAAAUUUCGAAAAGAGGCCAAGACUUUCUCUGAGUGGUGAAAUAUUAUUAGGACAAUACCUUGUCAGCAUACGCUGUAAACUGUUACAGUGAUUACAAGACUGCUAACAUUUGAAAUUAGCAUUUACCAACCUGCUGUUAUUACUUUAAAAUAACACCUGGUUUUUGUUACGAGCUAACAAUAGCCAACUCACAACUUAAAAUUUGACUUGCAUUAGGCUUUAACAUAAUUGUAAAGAAAUGACCAGUAAAUAAAACACAAAUCUGAUUUCUCAUGUAAUACCAACACAAUUUGUCCACACCAAAAAAUGCAGCAUUCAGCGAUACUUACAGUGUAAGUACAGUCAUUGGAAAAAAAAAAAAAAAAAAAUAAAAACA